AUGUUCAGCACAUUAAGACAUAGCAAUUCGGCCGACGAGCCAUACAUUUUAGAGCCGGCAUUCCCGCCCUUUGAUCCUAAGAGGAAGUUAUUAAAAUGCACCGGCGAAGAGAAUGGCUGUCAAAGAUGCCUCGCCAAGAAUAUCGAUUGCGUCUACCCUGUCAACUCCGGCUCCCACGCUAGAAAGCAAAGCACAGAACUCAGGAAAGCAGCUGCACAGUCGAAGAAGAACGGUGGGACGACCGAGAGAAAAGAUACUAGCGAGAGAAGAGGUCGAAGGAAUAGUCCGGAUAAGACGCAAGAUUACAACUUCUCCGAUAUGAUUGUCGACUUUGACGAGACGCAACCAUUUGACAUCAAUUUAGAGCCAUCGUGUAGCUCAUCAGUGUCGGAAGAUGUGUUUUCCUUCCAAACAGGACGAACGCCGAGGUCCACUGAUCUUCCAGAUGAUUUCCCCACGAAACCUUUUUAUGGGUCUCUAUACGAUCUAGAUCUCCUGUCCCCCAUGUCGCCUGCUGUGGGUACAACUUUCCACGGCACUGGGUCGGAAUUCCCCAACAGCGAGACAAGGCAUCCUAGUAUCGAUGAUUUUGCGAAUUUAACGGACUUCGGAACCGCGCCCUUCGAAGAUUACUCCAUGUCUAGUAAUAGCGAAGCGACAUGCUCCUGCACGAAGCAAGCCGCCACCAUUUACGAGUCUGUCGAAGUUCAUCUUGUGUGGGGUCCUCGGGAAACGGGUGACGCAAAUGUGUCAGAGAAGAUUCUACAGCACCAGAAGAAGGCUCUAGCACAAUGUGAAAAAAUACUCAGGUGCCCACGAUGCAUUGGUCGGUCUGAAGUUAUCAUGCUAGUAGCAUCUACAUGCGAGCGCAUAAUGGGUAGCCUAGAGAAUAUGUUUGCCGAGCCAUCGGAAGCAGGAGAUAAUCUCGGGUGGAUGCAAACAUCUUCGGGGGGAUUCGACGGAAAUCAAUGCUCAACAACGGACACGGACCUCACCAAUGGCCUCGGAGAUGAGGAGAGCGCAUUGUUUAAGCAGACUGAUAUGGCUAGUAUCGGAGCUAGCGGUGAUACGGACGGAAGGCGAGGAUUACGGAUAGGACGGUGGCAGCUAGACGACGAGGACGAACUCCAUGUGCUACAAAGCCUCUUAGCUGCACGGAUGACAAAACUUGAUAAGCUAAUUGGUCAGCUCGAGACAGCUAUCAAGGGGAACUACUGGCCAGCUCACAAGGGAUUAAUACGAUCGUUACGGCAACGAUUCGCUCGAGCAUCAGUCUUCAACAAAAUCGUUGAGAGCAGGUAA